GUGAUAAAAUUUCUGUAUAUCAGUGUAUCCCGGAUUGCAGUGCAGUGUUUUUUAGUAUUUUUUAGUAAUUUUUUUAGUGUGUUUCGUAUUGAAAACAGUGGAAAACAAAGUUAUGUUGUUAUUGUAGUGUGUGUGACUGGAUUUUGGAGGUGUUAGUGACAAUGUGUGUGCGGUGAGAGGUAAGAACGCGCGAUGUGGCGCGUGAUCACUUGCCUGCUGGUCGCGACCGCGGCGGCGGAGCACGUGCGAGAGUUCACCGUCCGAGAGAACGCCCGCGCCGGCACCCUCGUCGGACACCUCGGCGACGAGCUACCAGACGCCGCCCCGCCCUACACCAUCGUCCCAGUCCCCGGCAGCGCCGUCAACGACGACCUCAGGAUAGACCCCCACACGGGAGAGAUCAGAACACGAGGCCCUCUAGACAGGGAGAACAGGGACCGAUACGCUCUAGUCGCCAUCCCCGCCAGCGGAGACAACAUCCGCGUCGUCGUCAGAGUACUGGACGAGAAUGACAACGCUCCCACGUUCCCCACCCCUGUCAUGAACGUUGAGUUCUCAGAGAACACUCCCAGGGACGUGAAGAGAAAACUAAACCCCGCCAAAGAUCAGGAUUUAGGAGCAUUCAACACACAAAGAUACAAUAUUGUAUCUGGAAACACUGACAAUGCGUUCAGAUUGUCUUCUCAUAGAGAAAGAGAUGGGGUCCUUUAUUUGGACCUACAAAUUAAUGGCUUUCUCGACAGAGAGACAACUGACCAUUAUCAGUUAGUGAUAGAAGCGUUAGAUGGUGGUACGCCACCGCUGAGAGGGACUAUGACUGUAAAUAUUACUAUUUUAGAUGUAAAUGAUAAUCCACCUGUGUUUGCUGAAAGUAGUUAUUCUGCAACUAUCCCGGAGAACGCCACUGUAGGCACUCCUGUUCUUAAGGUAUCCGCGACUGACUCAGACUCUGGUGAAAACGGUUUGAUCGAAUAUUCGAUAAACAGAAGACAGAGUGAUAAGGAGAACAUGUUUAAAAUUGAUCCGGAGACGGGUGAAAUUACUGUAAAUAAAGCGUUAGAUUUUGAAACUAAGGAGUUACAUGAACUUGUAGUAGUUGCAAGAGAUAAAGGUGCUCAGCCAUUGGAAACUACAGCUUUUGUGUCGAUAAGAGUUACUGAUGUUAACGACAACCAGCCUACAAUAGACGUUAUAUUCCUAAGUGACGAUGCUACACCAAAAAUAUCGGAGUCAGCACAGCUGGAUGAAUUUGUAGCUAGGAUAUCAGUUCAUGAUCCAGAUUCCAAAACCGAGUACGCAAAUGUAAACGUUACAUUGAGCGGUGGGGAUGGUCAUUUUGAUUUGAGGACUCACGAUAACAUUAUCUACCUGGUAGUAGUUGCGUUACCAUUGGAUCGUGAAUCUCGUUCGUCUUACACGUUGAAUGUGGUAGCGACCGACAAGGGGUCUCCUCCCUUACACGCGUCUAGAAUCAUAAGCUUGAAGGUAACUGACGUGAAUGACAAUGCACCAGUGUUUCUCGAAUCGGAGUACAAAGCCAGCGUGCCUGAAGCUGCUGCGCCCGGUACUCCUGUGGUUCAAGUAUCAGCAGCUGAUGCUGAUGAAGGCGAGAACUCAGAGAUACGUUACUCCUUGCUACCGACUCCGCAGUCAGAUUGGUUCGCUAUAGACGAGCGAUCAGGGCUGGUGACGACGAGGGCUCGUGUUGAUUGUGAGACCAACCCCAUGCCAAGGUUGACGGUGGUCGCUCAGGAUCGUGGAAACCCUCCAUUGUCCUCAACUGCAACGUUAAUAGUGACAGUGUUAGAUGUGAAUGAUAACGAGCCGAUCUUCGACCAGUCUUUCUAUAAUGUCACCGUGUCCGAAAACGAAGCUGUCGGCAGCUGUAUUUUAAAGAUGUCAGCAAUCGACCCAGACUGCGGAGUCAACGCUAUCGUCAACUACACUCUAGGCGAGAGUUUCGGCAAGCCCCAGUUUUCCGUCAAGCCUGAUUCUGGUGACCUCUGUGUAUCAGCCCCUUUGGACUAUGAAGCUCAUAGUGACUUUGAGUUCCCCGUUAUUGCUACUGAUAGAGGAGGACUGUCGACGACCGCAAUGGUGAAGAUUCAACUCCUCGAUAUAAACGACAAUGUACCAGCAUUCACAGUUAAGGAUUACAACGUUUCUCUGAAAGAAGGACGGAUCUCCAGCGAGCCGAUUAUAGCCGUGUCCGCGACAGACUCCGAUUCAGGCAGAUUUGGUACAAUAACUUACAGAAUUGUCAACGGCAAUGAGAACGAUGUCUUCAGAAUAGAUAGGAGUACUGGAGAGAUUUUGGUCACGAAGCCUGCGUUGGUGCAAGCCAAUUUGAAGUUUGAUUUAGAAGUGUCGGCUACUGAUGGUGGUGGCUUGACAGCUCCUCAAAAUGCUGUGGUACAUGUGUCUGUGAUGCCUGCUGGGAUUGGAUCAGCGCUGUUUGAUAAGCCUCGGUACAAUUUUCGUGUCAAAGAAGAUGUCAGGAUUGGGACUGUUGUUGGAAAUCUGAAGGCUACUGUUGGUGAUAGAGGACAACAGCCACUCCGCUACAGCAUCGUCUCCGGGGACCCUGAGCAUCGCUUCACCAUAGAACCACUAACUGGAUCCAUCAGGACCGCUGGCCAGCUAGACAGGGAAGCCAGUCCUUCGUAUCUGCUGAAUGUGAGAGCUGCCACUGGGAACCCUUCGAGUUUCGAUCAGACACAGGUCCAAAUAACCCUUGAAGACGUAAAUGACAACACGCCAGAGUUUGGCACAUCAUCAGUAAGAGUAUCAGUAGCUGAAUCUGCAGCCAUAGGAUCCGUGGUGUAUGCAGCGAAGGCUACUGAUGAAGACGAUGGCAAGAAUGGACAGAUUACCUACCAUCUGGUGUCGGCUACAGGACCUGCCAAUACUUUCGCAGUGAAUUCUCAGCAUGGAUUGGUUACGCUUUUGAGGUCCUUGGAUUACGAGAACCUCGUCCGUCAUACCCUCAUCAUUUCAGCCAGGGACAAUGGCGUUCCUUCCCUCAGUUCAAACGUGACCCUAGUGGUGGAUGUCCAGGAUGUCAAUGAUAACCCUCCAGUGUUUGAACAUGAAUCUUACAGUGCUAAUGUGUUGGAGUCUGAAGCUAUCAAUGCUAAGAUCGUAGAAAUACAAGCAAUAGACAAGGACACAGGCAACAACGCAAGAAUAACGUACAAAAUAGCCGCCGACGCUAAUACAACUGAAGAGUACUUCAAAGUACAACCAAGCACAGGUUGGGUGUAUCUCGCAAAACAGCUCGACAGAGAAACAACAGCAAAACACAAAAUGGUCAUUAUAGCAGUCGACAACGGUAUACCGCCACUUUCUGCAACCGCCAACUUAGUCGUCAAUGUAAUAGACGCAAAUGAUAAUGAUCCAGUGUUCGGUAAAACGGCUUAUGAGUUCAAAGUUGAAGAGAAUCAGAAGGCUGGUGCGUUUGUUGGGAAGAUUGCGGCCAGUGACGCGGAUUUGGGGGAUAAUGCUGUUGUCAGAUAUAGUCUGUUUCCUUCGAAUACCAGUUUCAUUGUCAAUCCUGUUACUGGAAUAAUUACUACCAAAGAAAUUCUGGACAGAGAAUUCAAGUCUUCAUACUCUUUAUUCGCUGAAGCAAAAGACCAGGGCACACUACCAAGAUCAAGCAGGGUUCCUAUUUCAAUCAAGAUUACCGAUGUCAAUGACAAUCCCCCAGAGAUAAUUGACCCUAGAGAAGAUGUUGUCAGCGUGAGAGAAGAACAGCAGCCCGGUGCAGAAGUAGCUAGAGUUAAGGCUAUAGAUAGAGAUAAUGGAGUCAAUUCUACUAUCAAGUAUUCUAUCUUGAGUGAAAGAGAUAUGGAUGGAGUUGGUGUAUUUGUUAUUGAUGCUAAUACCGGAGUGAUUAAAACAAGCACAGUACUUGAUCAUGAAGAGAGGUCUAUUUACCGACUAACUGUGGCAGCAACCGAUGGAGGGUCUCCACCAAAGCAGACUGUAAGGCAGCUCAAAGUUGAAGUCUUGGACUUGAACGACAAUAGACCAACUUUCACCAGUUCAAGCUUAUCUUUCAAAGUAAAAGAAGAUGCCAAAAUUGGUCACGUUGUUGGAACUGUUGCAUGCUGUGAUAGUGAAAUCAAUGAGAACUUAGUCAACAGUGAUGAUGAGAAACAAAUCUCGUACCUGCUCAUGCCUUUAACAGCUGAUCAUUCCCCUGGAACUUUUGAAAUUGACAGAAGAACUGGUUCCUUGGUGGUAGCAAGACAGCUUGAUAGAGAAAUUCAAGAUGAGUACCGGCUGGAAGUGAGAGCUUUAGACACAUCAGCAACAAACAAUCCUCAAAGCAGCGCUGUAACUGUGAAAAUAGAAAUCGUAGACGUCAAUGACAAUUCACCACAAUGGCCUCAAGAUCCUAUAAAUAUUGAGAUCUCAGAACUUACUCCAAUCGGCAUGAUAGUAUACAACUUCACUGCUAAAGAUGCUGAUUCAGGUCCAAAUGGAGAUCUUAAUUUUCGAGUUGUCUCAUCACUGCCUGUUACUAAAUCUGUAUUCAAUUUAGAUCCUCUUACUGGAUCUCUUACUCUUACUUCUGUAUUGGAUUAUGAAAAGUUGAAGGAAUACUGGCUGAUCAUUGAAGCGACUGACUUAGCUACAAAUGUAACGGAGAGAAUGGCAACUUCAGCUACCGUUCACAUUUCUGUUACCGAUGCUAACGAUAACACUCCUACGUUUGUAUCUGCCAAUAAAGCUACAGUUUCACUCAGUACACUAUCAGGUACUUUAUACCAAGCGCUAGCAAUAGACGCUGACUCUGGUGAAAAUGGUAAAGUUUCUUACUACAUAUCAGGUGGGAAUGAAAAUGGCUACUUUGCAAUGGAGUAUGAUGUUGGAAAACUGACACUGUCGAACAAAUAUUCCCAAGAUAUAUCCAGGGUUAGGCCAGGCCAGUACAAGUUAAAUCUUACAGCUUCAGAUCAUGGUAUUCCGUUCCCUAGGCAAAGUCAUAUGACCUUACAGCUAACGUUGCAAGAGUCAACAAACAUACCGCCAAGAUUUACUGACUCAUUCUACAGAGCUAAUAUCAGUGAAGACAUUCGUCCGGGCAGUUUUGUAACCAGAUUGUCUGCCAAAUCCUCCAGAGGUAGUGCAAGUAAUUUAACUUACAUGAUCCCAUCUGGAGUAGCAGACGACAAAUUCGCAAUUGACGAAAGGCUCGGCACGAUAACUGUCAAAACCAGAAUUGAUAGGGAAGAGAGAGACCAAUUUAUAUUUCCUGUUUAUGUAACAGACUCAAGUACUUUUCAAUCUACAACCAACUUUGAUGUAGCAACAGUCACUAUUAGCGUUAUGGAUGUUAAUGAUAAUCCACCCAGCUUCAAAACUGGGUCUUGCUAUCCUUUGGUGGUUCCUGAAAACAACGAUCCUGAAGUUAUUCAUACUGUAGCUGCAACUGAUAAGGAUGUUGGAGCCAAUGGAGUUAUAACUUACAGUAUCACAUCAGGCAACAAUGGAAAUAAGUUCUCCAUAGAUUCUACUACUGGAAGACUGACAGCAAGGACUCUUGAUCGUGAAACCCAAUCUAAGUACCACUUGACCAUAACUGCUUUUGAUCACGGUUCACCAGUUGCGUUACAAGGUUCCUGUAAUAUCACAGUAAUUGUUGAAGAUCAAAAUGAUAACGACCCAGUUUUUGACACUGGGCAUUAUUCUGCUGCAAUACCUGAAGAUGCAAUGAUUGAUACGUCUGUGAUCAAAGUCAGAGCCACUGAUGCAGAUUUGGGUUUCAAUAAACGGAUUGUGUACUCGUUGGCUAAUGAAAGCCAAGGCCUGUUCAGGAUUGACAAUAAAACUGGAAUUAUUUUUACCACUGGAACAUUUGAUAGAGAGAAAACUAGCGUCUAUCACUUUGAAGCUGUUGCGACUGAUGAGGGGCGCUACAUUACUCGGUCUCAGAGAGUUUCAGUCGAAGUCACGAUCAAUGACGUCAAUGAUAACAAGCCUAUUUUCACGAAGUAUCCUUUCAAAGAACAAGUUGCCACGCUUACACCGCCAGGGCAAAGUUUACUUCGAGUCGCAGCAAUGGACAAUGACAUAGGAAUAAAUGCGGAAAUACUAUAUGAACUUCUAGACACAUCGAAUCACAAAUUCCGUAUAAAUCCUACUACUGGAGUACUAACUGCUACACAAAGCUUAGCGAGCGAGAACGGAAAAUUGAUUCACUUGAAAGUGAUCGCUAAAGAUAAAGGCAAUCCACCUCAGAGCUCCAUAGGACUUAUAGAAAUACGUGUCGGCGAUUUCUCAGAUCAAACACCUACAUUAAAUUUCCAAAAUGCAACGUACAAUGUAACUAUUGAAGAAAACAUGGCGUAUGGAAAGGACGUGCUCCAAGUAACCGCAGUUAGGAGCGACGGGCGGCGUCAGCGAAUAAUUUAUGAAAUCGGCAACGGCAAUGAUCAGUACGCCUUUGAAAUAGACUCUAACUCUGGUGUAAUAAGGGUGAAUAACUCGGCGAAUUUGGAUUAUGAAUCGUAUCCAGGCCCGCGGAGGCAGCUUGUUGUAGUCGCGCGCACAGAAGGCUCGCCCGUCCUAUACGGCUACUGCGACGUUAUAAUAAAUCUGAUCGAUCAGAACGACCACGCUCCCAGGUUUACGCAACAACAGUACAUCGCGAAUGUCCUUGAAGGGAAUACUAAGGGCGAAUUUGUUGUGCAGCUCGCGGCUAAGGACGGGGAUCGCGGUGUCAAUGCAAGGAUACUAUACCACAUUGUCGACGGAAAUCAUGAUAAUGCAUUCAUUAUAGAACCAGCAUUCUCCGGUUCAGUGAAAACAAAUAUAGUCCUUGAUCGAGAGAUACGGGAGACAUACAAACUGACAGUAAUAGCCACCGAUGAAGGCGACCCACAAAUGACUGGGACAGCCACGUUGAGGAUCAAUGUUGUUGACGUGAACGACAAUCAGCCAACAUUCCCACCACCGAACGUCAUCUCAGUAUCGGAAGGAACGGAAGUUGGAACAGUGCUCACAUCUGUUACUGCGAAUGACGUUGAUACAUAUCCGGCACUGAAAUACUCGAUAAUACAAGGGGACAACAGUUUUUCUAUAGACAGAUAUAGUGGAAAGAUUGUGUUGAACCGACCUCUGGACUUCGAAUCGAGGAAGAUGUAUGAAGUGAACAUCACCGCAUCGGAUAGCGAGCAUAUUGCCAAGACUACGUUGACUGUAAAAGUUACCGACGUAAACGAUAACUCUCCUGUUUUCGACGAUAUUUCGUACAACAGAAUAUUACCUGAAGGCACCGACACCCUUGAAAUUGGAUCAGUCAGUGCCAAGGAUCGUGAUGAUGGAGACAACGGCAAGAUUACUUAUUCUCUUCUCCGACCAGCUAAAGGAUACUACAUAGACGCAGUUUCUGGGGGAAUCUUCGUGAACUACAGCGCUUUACCAACCAACCAAAGAGACACACAACUGGCUGUUGUUGCUACGGAUCAUGGGAAACCUAACAAAAGUGCUGUUGCAUCAGUCAGAAUAAGUACAGGAGCAUCAUCAGAGAUCAAACCUUUCAUUGGACAAGAUACUUACAGGAUCACUGUGAAUGAAGACACCGAAAAAGGAUCUACACUUCUCCAGAUUGGCGGUAUCAAUGACGUUUUGAAGAAAUACAACUUGGACAUCCACAUCACGUCUGGGAACGAAGGCAACACCUUUGAUGUCACUCUUGAAGGAGCUCUUAUUCUUCUCAACAGACUGGAUAGAGAAACUCAAGAUUCCUAUGUUCUCGGUUUAGCUGCGGUUGAACAAGGCAAAAUGCUUACUCACAAUCAGAAUAAAACUUCAAUCACGGUAUUCGUCACAGUAGCAGAUGCAAACGACAACCCGCCAAUGUUUGCUGUAAAUGAUUUCGAAUUAACAGUAAGCGAGGAUGUUAAAAUCGGAUACACCCUAACUAAAUUAGCUGCAACUGACGCUGAUUUGUAUGGAACUCCAAACGCUGCAAUUAUCUACAAUAUUACUUCUGGAGAUGAUGAAAAGCUCUUCUACGUACAUCCUACAAUUGGUCUUCUAACUGUCAAUAAGACUCUUGACUACGAUGUUGGGAAUACUGAAUACAAACUUGUCAUAGUCGCCUGUGAUCAAGGAGUACCAUCAUUAUGCAACGCAGUCUUUAUUAGUGUUACCAUACUUGAUGAAAACGACAAUGCACCAACUUUCCCUGUCAAUGAGUAUUUCGAAACUAUUGGAGAGAAUGAAAGAGUAGGUACCUCUAUUUUCACGGCAAGAGCUACUGAUUUAGAUAAAGGGAGAUAUGGCAAAUUGAACUAUUCGAUCGUAGCUUCGCCUAACAGCUACAACAGAAAUGAUGAUUCCUGGAAGAUGUUCCUAAUUGAUUCUUCAUCUGGUUUAGUGAACUCUAAUGCUGUGUUUGAUUAUGAAGUCAAAAAUAAAUAUGAAUUUGCUAUCAAGGCCUCUGAUUUGGGAGGAAAAAGCACAACUGUGAAAAUCCGGAUUGAUAUUGAAAGCAGAGAUGAGUUCUACCCACAGUUCACGCAGAAAACUUACAAGUUCCGUGUUCCAAAGUCGGGGUCUCUUCCUGCUGGCUAUGUGAUUGGUCAGGCUACAGCAACUGAUAGAGAUAAAGGUAUCGAUGGAAGAAUAGUUUACCAACUGUCAACGUCACAUUCGUAUUUCAAAAUAAACAGAACGACGGGUGUAAUUAUUUUGAAAAAGAAAGUCGACUCUGUCCAAAAUCUGUUUGGAUUAGACAAGUCAAUAAGCUUGGUGGUAACUGCUAGUUCUGGAAGACAAGGCUCUUUGACAAAUAAAACUGCUGUGGAAAUUGGAAUGAAUGAUCUAGCAUUAGCAUCGGAUGCCAAUCAAGGGAAUGAUGCUGCUGCAGUUGCUAGUGGAGGCUUAUCUGACUGGGCGUUAGGAUUACUAAUAGUUUUCAUAUUCAUCAUUAUUAUAUUCGCCGCCGCAUUCCUAUUCUUACAUAUGAAAAACAAACGACAUAAGAAAGUCAAUAAGCCAGGAUUAAGUUCCGAGGGUGUUGGAGCUACCAACAGCUAUGUAGAUCCAAGUGCCUUUGAUACAAUACCCAUAAGAAAUACUGGUGCAGUUAAUCCAGCAAACCAGUUCGCACCUCCUAAAUAUGAUGAAAUACCACCAUACGGCCCUCACACAGCUAGCUCUAACUCUGGAGCAGCGACAACUUCAGAAUUAUCAGGAUCUGACCAAUCAGGAUCUAGCGGCCGAGGCUCGGCAGAAGACGGUGAGGAUGGCGAGGACGAGGAAAUAAGAAUGAUUAACGAGGGUCCUAUGCAAAGAGAAUCCGGAAUACAUAGACAAGCUAAUGGAGUUGACGAUGACAAUCUUUCUGAUGUAUCUGUACAUAACACUCAAGAAUACUUAGCAAGAUUAGGAAUCGUUGAUACUGGAACUGGCGGUGGUGCAUCCACGUCAUCGAGAAGAUGUUCAGAAAAUGUAGGAAAUAAGGAUACCAUGUUACACCAUGCGCCUAUAGAUUCUAUGCACAUGUUUGAUGAAGAUGGUGCUCAUGAGAAUGAUAUUACCAAUUUAAUAUACGCUAAGCUUAAUGAGGUUACUGGUAGUGAAAGAGCGAGCAGUGCGGAUGAAGCGAGCGCAGCAGUUGACAGAGCUAUGGCUCUUGGGGCGUUCUCGAGUGCUCCAGGAGACAGCAACGCUGUGCCUACCGCAGGACCUUCUAUGACCGGUAGUCUUAGUUCCAUAGUUCACUCUGAAGAAGAAUUAACUGGUAGCUACAAUUGGGAUUACUUACUUGAUUGGGGACCUCAAUACCAGCCAUUAGCGCAUGUAUUUUCUGAAAUAGCUAGACUUAAAGACGAUGCGGUAUCACUGCAAAGCGGCAACAGUGGAGCUUCAAGUGCGAAGAGUAAAGGCACUUCCAUAUCGGGCGGGAAGAGUGUUCCACCACCGUUGUUGACUACAGUGGCUCCUAGAAGCUGUCCAGCUCCAUCGUUAUCGUGUAGACAGCCACAGUUGUUAUUACCAAGGUCUCCAAUAAGUCAUGAUGUUCCUGGUGGGUUCUCGGCAGCAGCCGCCAUGUCACCUUCAUUCUCACCUUCCUUGUCACCACUGGCGACUCGAUCGCCUUCAAUGUCACCACUAGUAGGCCCAGGGCUGCCUCCAGCACCUGCCAACAGAAAACCUCCACAUUCCACCAUGAGAAUAUGAAAAUAAUUGUAUCUUAGUAUAUUCAAUACUGUAUAUAUGGACGACUGUUUUGCCUAUAGUGUAGUUAGUAUUAUUUAUUCGGCCGAUCUGAUCGGCUUACUUCAUUUUGCGCAUAUUGAUAUUUAAAUCGAACUUCACAGAUAUGCUCAAAGUGAUUUCUAAGCGCUUAUUACCGAUUUUUGCGGUAAAUGUAUAUAAAUAAAAAAUCGGGUGUAUUUUUUAAGUGUACAUACUUACUUAUACUCAUUGUAAAAAAUAUAUAAAGACUGCCAUUUUUUAUUUUUAACAAAAAAUACAGCUUUACUCUAAGCUAUAAGUAUUAUUUUUAGGAAACGCAAUUCGUAGUGAUGUGUCAAAUUGAUUAAUUGAUCGCGUGAUUGUAAUCGAUUUGUUGAAUCAAUGAUACUGUAAGCUUUAUUACACAGCGAUGUAUGUACUUAUUCAUAUUGUAAAAUUCUGUUGCAAAUAUAAUGUAAUAUUAGUUUUCAGUGAAUUGAACGUUGAUGUUUCGUUUCUCUGUGAUUUUGAUGAUGCCUAAAGAUUCAGUUCAGGUUUUUUGUUACAUAAUUGUAUUUUAUAAACUUAUCUAUCAUAUGAUCUAUCAUAAAUUUACUAACGUUUUUGAGAGCAAAGUUUAAAAACUUAUACGUAACAAAUGGUCUACACAAUGAAACAGCUCACCUAUAAUCGUCAAUGACUUUUCAUUUAUAACUUAAAAAAUUACACUAUAGUGUUUUUACAUAAUUACUACAUUAAAAAUGUAUUAAAAAAUCUGGACUGAUAACUAGAAUACUGAAUGUAAAUACUUAUCUUAGUUUACAUGUUAAUAAAUUAGACGUAGACUCCACCGACUGUAUGAAUAUUGUUUAGGUGGAAAUAAAAUGGAAUUUAAAAAACUA